AUGCCGACACGCUCUUCGACCCAGCAAGAAGCCCGAGAAUCGGCGCUUCGAAACGAAUUGCAGAGUGUGCGGAAUAUCAAUCAAGUAAUUGAGAGUCUUCUCACGAGUCUGGACCAUGCCAAGGGAAAUAUGGACAAUGUUUCGCGCACUGUCGAUUCUGCUUCUACUUUGCUCAAUACAUGGACCCGCAUUCUAUCCCAAACCGAACACAACCAACGAUUGAUCCUGAACCCCAACUGGCAAGGUGCUGUUCAGGAUGUCGCCGAUAUGGAGAACGAAGAGCUCCUUAAGCAACAGGCUGCCGAGAGGCGCGAACGAGAACUUCAACAACAGCGGGAAGUCGCUGCCCGAAGGGCCGAAGAGCAGGAGCGGAAGAGAGCGCUGGUCGCUGGUACCCGUGGAACGCGUGGCACUACCCGAGGAAGAGUCGUUCGCAGCACCGGAUUGGGCAGAACCCCGAGUGUUUCUUAUUCAGGGACGAGUGGUAGUUCUCGGACCACGACCUCCACCGCAACCAGAGGAUCUAGCACCACGACAACUCGGAGACCGGUAAGCGGGAUUGCUCGAGGAUCCGGGGCGACGCGUGGACGCGGCCGAACAUAG